UUAGGCCGGUAUUCUACGUUCCAGCGAGGCCUCUCUCGCCUGCGGACCACCAGAGCGCUCCCGCUCCAAACCGAACCCUGAAUAUGUCGACCAAACGGAAAGCCGCAACCGCAAUCGCCAAGCCAGCCGUCAGGCAAAGCGCAAAGGCACCGGUCAAGACCAAGAUCGAUGAGACGAGAACUGCGGUGGCCACCGGUCUAUCAUCCAAGCCAUCGUCAAAAGCUGAGACAGAACCCGAGCUCAAGAACCAGAUCAGCUCCGAUGAGGAGGAAGGAAUAAGCGAGGACGAGGCUACCAGCAAUGGACAGACAAAUUCUGCCAAGACUUCAAGGACAAGGGAUGGUAAACAGGACGGAGAUACGGAUGCGGUGAUGCAGGAGGGCGCCGAGAAUUCGGACGGCGAGCCGACAUCGCCGACGUUCGGCGACCUCGUCCGUGGCAGUUCGACUACUAUCGACGUUCCUUCUUCUCUUGCGGCCCAAGCAGCUGCCGCAAAGACGUCCAAGCUCGAAGUCCAACAACGGCCCACGGCCCCGAUCAGCGCGACCUCCCUUGGCACAGUCCUCAACCAAGCCCUGCGGACCGAUGACGCCGACCUGCUCGAGUCCUGCCUGCAGACCACCGACGUCAAGAUCAUAGAAAACACCAUCAACCGGAUGGAUUCAUCCCUCGCCAACGUCCUUCUUUCCAAGCUCUCGGCUCGCAUGCACCGCAGGCCGGGCCGUGCCUUUGGGCUUAUGAGGUGGAUGCAGUGGACGCUAGUGGCUCACGGCGGUGCGCUCGUCACGCAGCCGGAUCUUAUUGCACGGCUAGGCGAGCUCAGUCGUGUUCUGGAGGAACGUUCUCGGGGUCUGCCCAGUCUGCUGGCUCUCAAAGGGAAGCUGGACAUGCUGGAUGCUCAGAUGAAGUUCCGGAAGUCGAUCAAGGCUGGUGGGGCCCCCCGGAGUCGCGGUGGGGACGAGGAAGAGUCGAGCGAGGAAGAGGGGGAGGACGUUGACGAGCCCGGUGUGGUCUACGUGGAGGGGCAGGAGGCUCUCGGCGGCAAGGCGCUCACCAAUGGGACUGGCGGGCCGGACGCCGCGGACGAAGAUGAUGAUUUCCCGACUGCGGCCGGCGGAGUUUCGGAUUCAGACGAGGAAGACGACGAGGAGCUUGACGACGUGAUGGAUGAGUUGGCGGAUGCGGAAUCGCUUGAUGAGGAUGAGGUCGAUCAUGAUGACGUCGAGGAGGACGAAGAAGAAGAAGAAGAAGACAGCGAGGGCGAAGACUCGCGGCCUCCGGCGAAAGUCCGAAGAGUGUCUGAGCGGAUUUCAAAACGGAAGUAGACAUUUGUAGAAAGAAAAAGGGGCGGGGUGUG